AUGCGGUUGAUAAAUGCAAAAACCCUCGAAGUGGUGGAGUUUAUAGAUUAUCAAGUUCCGGAAUAUGCAAUUCUUUCCCAUACGUGGGUUGCAGGACAAGAAGUUACUUUACAGGACAUGCAGAAGAAAGAAGGCACAGAGCGAUCAGGUUACGACAAAAUCAGAAAGACAUGCGAGUUGGCUCUUCAGCAUGAUCUUGCUUACGCCUGGGUUGAUACCUGCUGUAUCGACAAGACCAGUAGCGCAGAAUUAUCAGAAGCUAUCAACUCGAUGAUGAGUUGGUAUCAACGCUCUAAAGUCUGCUACACCUAUCUAGCCGAUGUACCACCAGGCACCGAUAUUCACCAGCAGAAAUCUGCAUUUGCAAAGAGCCGCUGGUUUGAACGAGGUUGGACCCUUCAAGAACUGUUAGCACCGUCAAAGCUCAUCUUUCUCUACGACGAUUGGAACUUUAUGUCUGAACGGGACGAUAUCGUCGAUUUAAUCACACAAAUUACAGGCAUAGAUCAAACCUUCCUAACAGCCCCACUCAUUGCAAAUGAACGCAAUGCUUCCGGAGGUUGUGUUUUGCAGUCUAGGCUCUAUUCAGCAAGUAUCGCUGAAAGGAUGAGCUGGGCCUCGAAACGGGAAACAACUAGGAUCGAAGAUACAGCAUAUAGUCUGCUAGGUAUAUUUGGUAUCAGUAUGCCUCUACUCUAUGGCGAGGGUCCCAAUGCAUUCUUGCGAUUGCAAGAGGAGAUUAUGAAGCAUUCGGAUGAUCAAACUUUAUUGGCUUGGUCACUUCAAGAGGACGACGCAGAAGAAUCGGGAGUCUUAGCUACCUCUCCAGCUGCAUUCUCAGAAUGCAAAGAUUUCAUCCCUUGUAGUGUGGGAACGCCGACACCACCAUUCCAAAUAACCAACAAGGGCCUUCGCAUCGAGAUGCCAAUUUCAACCGACACCUUUACGUAUGGGAGAUAUGGGCUGCUACAAUGCAGGACAAAACAAGACCCUACGACGAUGAUUGCUAUCCCGUUGGAAAGUAGUCGAGACGGUCUCUACGUGCGACGCAAGAAGCCAUUAUGUAAUCUGAAUUAUCGGUACUGGUCAGCAUGGCCAUUGAGCUCAGUUAACCUACUCCCGAGUUUCUCUUUUGCGAGUAGUAUAACCGAGUCUCCAAGCUACACAGUAUUCUUGAAGGACCUCCCUGAAAACUUCUACAUUUCAGAAGUCUUCCCACCGAACUCGAGACCCCAAUCUGAUAUGAGGAUUGUCAUGGCGGGAACCCCUGAGAGCGAGGGCGAAUUUGAGGAGAUGGUGAUGGUUCUGCUCACGAGCUCUACCAACGGGGUUGAUCCUUUGGUCAUAAGAAUCGUUGUGGAAUUGUCUCCUGGAGAGUCUGACUUUAAGGCGUCCUGCUCAUUUGUCAAGAACUCAUAUCUCCACAUGUACGACACGGGACACUUGGAAGGAGACUUUUAUGACAACGUCUCUCUUGCAAGCUCAUGGCACAGCCGUAAAUCUUUAGGGUUUCCAUCUUGGACAAGGAGACCUGAAGCUAAUUAUGUUACAAGCUGCCGCUGCGAGUACCGUUUUGAGAAGACACUUAUUCUGGCAUCAGUGAGGCAGGAAGGCGUACAAGUGGAAGGAAUCACACCACAACGAGGCCCCAAUAUGAUAUUUCAUGGCUGGGAUGCGGAGUCCGAUCCCUGGAGUGAAAAAUUACAAGAGCUUAAAAAAGGAUGGGCAAGGAUCCUUCAACGUCUAUCUUACCAUUGUCGGAAUAGUCUUCGUGUCGUUGUUCGGUCACUUGCCCUUUCGCCUUGGAUAUUCUCGUUUGUGGUCGACCGACUCAUCAUCAGGACUUUGGAUCAAUUUGCCGGGACGAUAUUGCAUAUUUUGGAAUAUUGGAAUGUCUAUGCAAUUGCGGGUUGCACGGCGCUGUCUCUGAGCUAUAAUCGCUUCCUUGCCCAGCGGAUUUCGUGGCACAUUAGGAAGAUCAUACACUCCAUCCCAUUCGCCAGUCAGUUUGGUGGACUCCAGAAGACAGAUGCGCUGGACUGCUUUCUUUUGUAUAUUUGUUGCAAGUGUCUUCCCUCCGAAUUACUAUCAGAUGUUCUUAAAAAGGAUUAUGUAGCAUUGCUGGGCAUAUUACUGGGCUUUGGGUUCCGUCGGGCCUUGUCUGAUGGCGGGCUUGAGUAUGACUACUGCCUCGGGUUAGCGGGGUGGAAUGUUCCAAAGCGGCAGAAGUAA